GAGUAAUGCAGAUAUUUCCUACAACAGUUUGUGGUGGAACUUCCCACGGGCCCUGAACGCAUCACUCUACUCCUGCUGACGUCAGCCGGAAGCAGGAAGAGUUCCGCUUGUUGUGAGUUGUCGCGGUGGCUUUGCUGCUGUUGGUGUUUUCUCUCUCUCUCGGUUCGAAUGGCGUGUUCCAGGAGUCCGGGUCGGUUCGGUCCGGGACUCUGGUCCUCGGUGCUGCUACUGCUGGUGCUGACGGGACUGAGCGGGCCGGUCAGCGCCGUGUCAGAACCGGGGAAAUGGAUCCUGAACAUCGACAGUGACAUUUUGAAGAAGCAGAACUUGUUCUACUUCACUAAAACUCUGUUCAACAGCAGCUUCAUCCAUCUCAAGUUGGUGGCAGAAACCUGUAACUCCUCGGCUCCUGUCCAUUUGAAUGUCUCCUGGUACCUGAGGAACUCUCACUGCUAUAACGAGGUCUUCAACCAGGAGGUGAUUCAGACAGGGAGAUACUUCGGGUCGACAGAGGUCAGACCAGGAGGAGGAAGCGGUUACUACAUCUUCCACCAGUAUCCUGCCAUCUCCUGUCAACUUAACAUCAACCCCAACACGUUCGGCCUGGAUGCUUCGAAGAGGAAAACCCGACUGACAGAACCACAGCAGCAGCAGCCAAUCACAGAGAAGACUUCAGGCAGGAGGAGGAGAGAGCUGGAGCCUCCAAAACCUAAGGCUGCUGCACCAGAGAAGGCAGGCGCCUCGGCAGAAACAGGAAAAGCUGCUGUCUCUUCUAAAGAGGUGAGCGGUUCUCCUCACCUGGACGUGGUGGCUGAGAGCUGGGAGGACGGACCCUACAUGUUCAUCCUGAACAUCAGAGAGAUCGAAGAAAGGAGCCGAGCCCCUGACCCCGCCACCCCCCCCACGCCCUGGAGCCUGCAGCUGCAGAUCAGCAUGAAGGGUCCUCAUGACUUCAUAUCAGCCUCUGAAUGGCCCCUGAUGGUGUUCUACAUGGUGAUGUGUAUCGUGUACGUGCUGCUGGCGGUGCUGUGGUUGGUUCUGUCCGCCUGUUACUGGAGGGACCUCCUCAGGAUCCAGUUCUGGAUCGGAGGAGUCAUCUUCCUGGGCAUGUUGGAGAAAGCCGUUUACUAUGCUGAGUUCCAGAGCAUCAGAUACGACGGCUUGUCGGUCCACGGGGCGGUGGUGUUUGCUGAGGUGCUCUCUGCGGUGAAGAGGACUCUGGCCAGGGUUCUGGUGAUCAUCGCUAGUCUGGGAUACGGCAUCGUCAAGCCCAGACUCGGUGCUUUGCUUCACAGAGUCGUCGGAGUCGGUCUGCUCUACCUGAUCUUCUCCAUCGUCGAGGGAAUUCUACGAGUCAACGCUGAUCGAGGAAACAACACCAGCAGUAGAUUUUUGUGUGACAUAGUGCUGGCCUUCAUUGACGCCUGUAUUGUUUGGUGGAUCUUUGUGAGUCUGGCUCAGACCAUGAAGCUGCUGAGGCUGAGGAGGAACGUGGUGAAGCUCUCGCUCUACAGACACUUCACCAACACGCUCAUCUUCGCUGUUAUAGCAUCAGUCAUCUUCAUCAUUUGGACAACCAAGACCUUCAGGCUGUCUAAAUGUCUGUCGGACUGGAGGGAGCUGUGGAUAGAUGACGCCUUCUGGCGCUUCUUGUUUUCCAUCAUCCUAUUGGUCAUCAUGUUCCUAUGGCGACCGUCGGCCAAUAACCAGAGGUACGCCUUCAGUCCUCUGGUGGAUGAAGAGAGUGAUGAAGAGGAGAAGGAGCCAAUGAUGAACGAAGCUUUCGAGGGGAUGAAGAUGAGGGGCACGAAGAACGAGACCAACGGUUCGGCCAAAGCCAGCAAAGUGGAUGAGGAUCUGAAAUGGGUCGAGGAGAACAUCCCGUCGUCUAUUGCAGAUGUCGCUCUGCCCCCCCUGCUGGACUCUGAUGAGGAAACCAUGACAACAAAGUUUGAGAUGUCCAAGAUGGAGUAAACCAGAGAAGAGGAAGGACAGAUGGACGGAGGAAAGAUGGAGUAGUGUUUGAAACACACAGAUGGAGAAAAAAUACAGAUUAUUUUCAGAGUACAAGGUAAACGAUGGCCGAUCAAACGCACAUGUGAGGAGGGAGAGAGGAACUGAAGGAUGAAAGAGGGGAAGCAGAGAAGAACGAGCGUUUGCUUUAUGAAGACGGUGGCGUCGGUUUGAAUUUCUGAGCUUUGUAAGCGUUGAUUGUACAUACACUGGGAGUGAAAUCGACCACAGCGACACACAGGCCCUUUUUAUUUAUAUUUUUUUAUUGUCUCUAUUUAUAUCUCCCUCUAUUCAUAUAUAUACAAUAUAUUUUGACAGAUUUGAUGUUAACGAAGUGUUUUGCCUUCUCAGCGUUUACAUGCAGAUUUUCAGAUCUUGUGUCGUCAGAGAUUUUGUGCGUUGGCUGUCACUGCUGCUGGGGUUAGCUUAGCUCUCUGUCAGUUUCACACCUGUUCACUUUCACCUGGAUCCCAUCGAGCUGUAAAAGCCAAAGCUCUGAAUCAGACAGGAAAACCCUGGAUGUGAAUAUGUGACGUUUUCUAAUUCUUCUUUUCCAGAUUGAUUGAUUGGUUGGAUGGUUGGAUGGUUGGUUGAUUGAUUGAUUGAUUGAUUGAUUGGUUGGAUGGUUGGAUGGUUGGUUGAUUGACUGACUGGAGGUUUGUCGGUGAAGGUUUGGCUGAGUGAAAAUUUUCUUUGAGGAACUUUCAGCGGAUUUUUGCAGCAGCAGUUCAUAUUUUCUCCGACCGACUGAUCAGUGAAACAUCUUCGAUGCCCUUUAAUUAAACACUGCUCUUAUUGUUAGCAGCCAUUGCACUGUGAGCUUUGCCACUUCACAUCCUUCUUGUUGAUGUUGUGCAGUCUCAGUUUUUUACUAAAAUGUUUGCAGAACCGUGUCGAGGCGUGAAACACGGUUAACGGCUCUGAUUCGCCACGGCAACGCUCGGCCGCUGGACGCCAUCAGGCCGGCGUUGAAUCGAUGGAUGAGGCGGUUUGCCAGAGAACACUCUACAUUAUCAAGGAUAAUCACAUUUUCUUUAUUUUUCAACUUUGCCUUUAGUCUUUUCGUCUUUUGAGCUGUGCUACCACAGCUUCAUUUCAGCAGGUGGACGGGUUGCUGUAGACGUUUGUGUUGCCCAGGUGAUCAGGCCUGCUGACUGUGGUGAUCACCUGACCUGUACGCCAGCGGCAGGUUGGCUCUUUCAGGCCUUUAAGUGAGCAGCUGUCUGUUGGAUGGAUUUGAAUUUAACUUUUCAUCAGGUCACAGUUUUAACUUGUCCAGUGCUUUGGUUUCUGACCGGGUACUGACAGCAUUCCCAUCAGCCUCAGCUGUGCUGUGUGUGUUUAGUGCUAAUAAGCAAAUAUUAAAAUGUUAACAGGCUAAACUGAGUUGUGUUGGAUGGUAUAGACCACACACUGGUCACAGUAUUUCCUCUCACAGCUGCACCUGUUGCCAGUCAGCUGUAGCACGAGGCCAAGUGUUGGACUGGCCAGCCUCUGUCAGCAGAAGCUGUCUGACCGGAGUCUGACCUAACCCUCACCCGAGUGUAGCGUGUCAGGUCCUACAGAUGCAGCAUGUGCUUCAGCCCCCCCCCCCCCCCUCUGCCUCUCUGCCUCUUAACCUCUCUGCCCCUCAGCCUCUCUGCCCCUCAGCCUCUCUGCCCCUCUGCCCCUCAGCCUCUCUGCCCCUCAGCCUCUCUGCCCC